AUGAAUUUUUUUUCUAUUUUCAUAAUCCUUAAUUUUUUUAUGCUCAGUUUAACUUCAAGUUUGGGAAAUGGAUUUUUACAUUCUUCCAUAACAUUUAGUGAUGAUUUCUGUAAAGGAAUGAACUUACAUUUUCUUAUUAGUGCUGAAGAAAUUGAUAGUAAAUUCUUUUUAAACAAAAUGCUACUAUUAAUUUUAGGAGGUACAUCUUAUAUGAGAUACAGUAAAGAGAAUUAUUUUUCUGUUUCUAUAUAUGAUAAGAAACUAGUAUAUAAAAAUAUAAAAAAAAUUGAAAACAUACAAGGGGCAUCUUAUUAUGAACAACUGCAAUCAGCCUUUAAAAAACAUAUAAAACAUAGUGCUAGGAAAACCAAUUUAUAUGAAUCCUUAAAAGAAUAUUAUGAAAAAUAUAUAAUAGGAAAUAAAAAUAUAAAAAAAACAAAAAAUAUUAUCAUUAUUGUAAAAAAAUUUACUUCAGAUGAUUUAUCUGAAUAUCAUGAAGAUUUAAAUAGGUAUAUUAAAGAAAUUAGAAGUAAAGAUGUUGGUAUAUAUUUUUUUUCUGAUGAUAGUAUCCAUUCUAAAAACAUAAUACUUAAUAUUUCAGAAAGUGGAUAUAAUAUGGAAGUACAGUAUCCCAUAGCUCAUUUUGUAAGUGAAUCAUAUCGUUCUAAUGAUCUUUUUGGUGUUAAAAAAUUCUGUUAUCAAUUAUUACAUGGUGCAACUUGUAAGAGUUAUAAUGAGUGGUCAGAAUGGUCAGGUCCAUGUGAAUUUGAAAGAAGACAAAGAAUAAUUCCUCUUAAAAUAACAAACACAGAGUCUACUAGUUUUCGUUCCCAUUAUGAUCCUUCAUGUAGGAAUGUUUUUGAUUAUAGCAUGUCAAUAAAAGAAGAUUUUCGUGUAAAUUGUAAGAAUUCUAUAUACGAAUGUAGGGGUAUAUGUGACAAAGGGUAUAAAUUCGCGCCUUAUACGAAAUAUAACGAUAUUGUAGAAUCAUAUGAAGAAUGCAAAGAUUUACCUCCAUGUACAAAGGAUCAAAGAAAAAAUGGAGAUCAUACUUUAUACUCAGAUGUUAUUCUAAAUUCUUUAUUAUCAGAAUCUUCUAUUAAACAAAUUAGAGAUCGUGAUGAUCGUGCACUUAUCGAAAAGGAUAUGCCGGGUGAUACAGAAGAAAUGUCAAAUGAACGUCGAAUAAAGGAUACCCACCUUUUCCUUGAUAAUAAAAUGAAGUACAUGAUCGAUAAACAACAUAAACUCAUCGAACAGUUACAAAAAGAUAUUCAAGAUAGAAAAAACAAAAAAGAUGGAAUAAUAGAGGACAAAAAAAAAGAGGUAGAAGAAAAAAAAGAAGAAAAAAAAAAAGAAGAAGUAGAAGAGAAAAAAGAACAGGUAGAUGAACAAGAAAAUCAGGAGCAAAAUGAGAAUACUAAUUUACAAGAGACCAAAACAAUCAACGAAUUACCUAUAAUAGAUAUGAAAAAGAAUGAAAAUACA